AUGCAGACCAGCCAAACCAGCAGCAACAAGUACUUCAGCCCAGGAGUGCUGCCGGAAGGCCUGAAUCGAGUAGGAAUGCCUUCGAUCCUCAUGUGGCUGGGAAAGGAGAGGCGGGCAGAGGUGUUCGCAGACUUUCUGAACCGGGUACCGAAACUGGCAAAGACCGAAGCAGAGUCGACCGUCCUGGGCCGUGGUUUUCACACGGUUCACGUGUACACCUACCACAGCUCCGACAGCCAUCUGCUUGAGCUCAUUGUUUGUGUUAUUGUGUUUCCGCUUUCCAUAACUGCCUGUGUUGUGCUUUGGGAAUGCAAAAAGAAAAGGGACGAAGCGAAAGUUCAAAAGAUUUUCGCAGAGCUCUAUGAAUUUCAUCUUGCGCAAGAGCGGGCAGCAGAGAGGGGCGAGGCUGUCAGCCAAGCCCCCGAGCCAAAUGCAGAGUCCGGUUCCGAUGUGGUGCACUCAGUGCACUCAGUGCACGAACUCUGCCAGAAGUCGAAGUCCUCGCCUCUGCUCCACUGCGAGGCGGAUUCAUGCUCCGAGACUGAAUCGGCUGAAUCCAGCUCAUCUGACGAGGGCGGUCCAUUGAACUCCCAUCAGGCGAAAGCAUAG